CGCAAGUUUUGUUAGACAGUUUAAAUUGGCGACACAGGACAGUUCCUAUCCGUUCUAGCUGUUUCGUUGUGAGCCACAGAGCAGUGUAACCGCUUCACUAGGGUCUUUAAUUUCCUGUAAGCCAUUUCUACAGUUAGUUCUGCAUUUUACCACUCACAGCGUCUACCAACACUUACCUGUUGUAUUAGAAACCUAGCUUGGGACCCAUUCGCGAAUCCUUCCAUGCAAGCGCCCCCGGGGCUUCGCCCUGAGGCGUUGCGGACGCGUGGUGGACGGCUGCUUCACUACAAGGCACAAUACAAACGGCAUACUGAAGCCAAAAGGGCCUGCAUUUCAGUCGCUGCAUCACCGAGGGAGCAGCAAGGACGAGCAUCGCCACCAUCAUCCCGGACAUCAGCUCAGCAGGACCGUGGCCAACAGGGCCGCGGUGGCUUCACACCUGCCGAUGCGGAACUGGUGUCGCCCCGGAGGGCCUUUGAGAGCACGGAUUGGUUCUACUCUGAAGCAGCACAAAAGGAAUGGGUUCAAGCCAUGCAGCUGGACUCGCUGACUCCCGAGAUGCCGCAGCUGCUCCGUGACAUGGGGCUGCGCUACGACCCCGAGCGCCUAGCUCAGGUGCUGGGGGGCAGGUGGCCGCAGGUGACUGCGCGGGCGGUGCAGGUGUCCACCGCACUGGGUGGCUUCCUGGCCUCGCUGGCUCGCGACCGGGCAGUGGGGGCGGUGGAGGAGAACAUGGGGCGGAGGGCGGGGCAGCUGCGGGGACUGCUGGGCAGGCUGGGUCCCGCGCUGGUCAAGAUCGGCCAGGCGCUCUCCUCCCGCCCCGACCUGCUGCCCCGCCCCUACCUGGAGGCACUGUCGGAGCUGCAGGACCGCCUGCCCGCCUUCCCGCAUGAGAUUGCCAUGGCGGUCAUCGAGGAGGAGCUGGGUCGGCCGGUGACGGAGGUGUUCAGUGAGAUCAGCGAGCGGCCCGUGGCGGCAGCCAGUUUGGGGCAGGUCUACCGCGCCCGCCUACGCGCCUGCGGCUCCUACGUGGCGGUCAAGGUGCAGCGACCCACCAUCGGGGAGAGCAUUGCGGUAGACAUGCUGCUGCUGAGGCGGCUGGCGGGGGUGGCGGAUGCGCGACUGCCGCAGGUGAGUCAGCCGCUGGUGCCGCUGGUGGACGAGUUCGCUGCGCGCCUGUUCGCGGAGCUGGACUAUGUGCAGGAAGGUCACAACUGCGAGCGGUUCCAGCAGCUGUACGGCAACAUGCCCCGCGUCCGUACACCCAAGAUCUACUGGGACUACACGGCACGGAGGGUACUCACAAUGGAGUGGAUUGAGGGUGUGAAGCUAACCGACGGCGCCGCCAUGUCCGCUGCGGGGCUCAAUGUGGUUGACUUUGUUGACGUGGGGGUGGAGUGCACGCUGCGGCAGCUGCUGGAGCAGGGCUACUUUCAUGCGGAUCCCCACCCAGGCAACCUGCUAGCCACCCGCUCCGGCGAGCUGGUGUAUCUGGACUUCGGCAUGAUGAGCGAGGCGCCGCAGUACGCCAGGUACGCCAUCAUGGCGCAUCUGGUGCACCUGGUAAACAGGGACUACGAGGCCAUGUGUCGUGACUACUACGCGCUCCAGUUCGUGGAACCCUGUGUGGACACCUCCCCGCUGGCGCCCGCACUUGCCGCCUUCUUCGACACGGGCGUGCUGGCCGCCCCGGUGGCUCAGCUGAACUUCAAAGCCAUUGUGGAUGGGCUGGGGGAGGUGCUGUUCAAGUUCCCCUUCCGUGUGCCCGCCUACUACGCGCUCAUCCUGAGGUCGCUCACCGUGCUGGAGGGCCUGGCGCUGCAGGCUGACCCCAACUACAAGCUGCUAGCUCGCGCCUACCCCUACGUGGCUCGCCGCCUGCUCACCGACCCUGCACCCGAGCUGCGGGAGAGCUUCCAGGAGCUCAUCAUCAAGGACGGUCAGAUCCGGUGGGGUCGGUUUGAGAACCUGCUGCAGCAGGGCUCCCGCUCCUCAGACUGGCAGCCGGGGCAGCUGUGGCUGCUGGCCGAGUGGCUGCUGGCGCCAGGCGCGGAGGCGGGCGGGCUGCGGGCGGUUCUGGCGGAGGAGGUGGGGCGCCUGCUGGAUGCGGCGGCGGCGGAGGAUGUGAGGAGCAGGAUUGCGGAGAAGACGGGCUCCCCCUCCCUGGCGGCCGCGCUGGUGCCCCGGCAGCCGGCGGAGGAGGAGGCGCGGCAGCGGGCGCAGCUGCUGCUGGCGGCGCUGGCUCCUCCCCGCACGGGGCCGCCUGGGGGGGAGGGGCUGCUGGGGGGGCUGGGGGAGGGACUGGGGAGCUUAAAGGGUUCCGGCCCCUUCGGCCUGCCGCUCCCCCAAGACGCCCAGGCCGCCGCCUCCCGGCUGAGCUCCCUGGCCUCCUCCCUCGGCCCCCGCCUGGCCGCCCUAGCCGCCCAGCCGGGCAGUGGGGAGCUGCUGGGGGGGCUAGCCGGGCAUCUGGGCAGGAGGGCGGCGGCACGGGCCAUAAAGUUUGCAUUUGGAGCGCAACAGGCACUGGCGGGAGGGGGGGCGGAGGGGAGGAGCGGAGAGGGGAAAGGUGGGGAGGGAGGAGAUGAGGUGGCGCGGUGAGGCUGGUGGAAGGAGGAACGAGGAGGUGGGAACGAGAAGCUGGGUUGCUCACGCUGCCCCACCUCGGCCUGUUUCCGUUCUGGGGGCUACGACGGUCAUGCAUUUGUAUACCAGUUGGUGGGUGGAGGUGAAGGUGGGUGGUGAGAGACAACAAGGGGAACAUAUGAGCCAGGAAGCGAGAGGUGAGCUGUAACUUGGAACUGUUCGGCUCUGGUUUCUGCAUUGCGUGCCUGCUCGGAUUCGAUUACCGUAUGCUGCCGAUGGUGGUGUGGGGAGACUGUGGUGUUAUGGACUUUGUGGUUCAUGUGGAGGGGUGUGGGGAUGGGAUCUGGGGAGCAAAGGCAAUGGGUGGGGGUGACGGAGACGGCGAGGGUGCAGUGAGCGGCGAGUGAGGGUUGUAGUCAGCAGCCUCCUCGGCAGCAGGAAACGUGAUGAGAGGAGGGGAGAGAGGAAGGGAGGGUGAGAGAACCAUAGUAAAUAAGAGAGAAAUACGGGAGACGGGCAGGCUCGUGGGUUCUAGACCGGUAUUAUUGCAAUAGGUACCGUGUUCCCUUAAAAAGAAAAGACCCAUGAUAAGGGUCUUUCAAUCAGGUCCAUGCGCGGAAAGGGCGUGAAUUUGAGGGGGGAAGGCUGACGGAGGAGAAACGGAGGCUACGUGCGAUGGCAAACCUGUUUGUUUGUUUGCAACCCACGCGAGAGAGGAGUCCCAA